AAUCGAAAAAUAGGCCGCAACAACAAAAAACCGCAAAGUCGCUAGCCGCACAGUGCGACACAGCGACACUGUCGACGCGAAAUGCGACAGUCAGUGCAAUGUGUGUUGUUGUGACGUAAGAUGCAGCAAUUAUGAAUCGGAUUCUAAUUUUGCGAUGCCAAUUACGGACAUGAAAGAGCAUGACUAUUCUCUUUGUUACCUUUAUACAUUCAAGCAUACUAACUGCAGCUUCUGUGUUCAAAAAUACGAAAUCGUCUGACAAAAGGAUAAUCAUGAGUCUUUCAAAAAGUUAUUGUGCCCGGUGCAAUGUCAUUGUACUCCUUGUGCUUCUACAUCUUAGCCAGAGAUUAUGCAGGAUUGAUGCUAAUAUGCAGUUUCAUCAGCAGUCGAUUGAGGAUGAAUAUUUGGUAAAUGAUCCACAACUCGAGAAAAUGGAUCAAAUGGAGACUUAUGGAAGAGAAGAUCAGAAACUUACCGUUCGAUUGCCAUCCAACUCGCUUCUCAAGUACACCUCCUACAAAGAUGUUUCGAUACUCCAUUUCGAAGUUCCACCAGAUUCACGAGCUGCUUAUUUUAGUUUUAAGGCUUUUGAAGAAUCCAAAAGUGCCUUUCAGAGCAAGUGCAAAGUUAAGGACGUAACCCUACAUUUGAAAGCGAACAGUUUUCCAGUGAUAAGUCCAGAAAAUAUAACUUUUCCAAAAAAUUUUCUAGACUCGGACCAAAGAUUUAAGGUAUAUAAUCUGCAGUUUCAAUCGAAUGAGCAACAACAGCGAAUCGACAUACAAGGUCCUCAAACUGGCAGUUGGUUUGCCGUAGCUUUUAUCAGUUGGACAGAUCCCAACAAUGAUCGCAUUGAGCAGCAAGGACUUGCCGCAUCGUGUGAUACCUUGUUGCUGGCUGAGUUAUCAGUGUCACGUUUUUAUCCGAUUAUCAUAAAUGAUGGCCAAGUGGAUAACGGCAAUCUAACCAGUUCACUUGGCCCUUUCCAACAAGAGCCACACAGAGGCAUCAGGAGCGGCAAAAGUCAUUAUGCAAUUUUAGUCAAUCCGACGCCUGAAGAGGAGCGUGGUCGAAUUUUUGAGGACAUUGGGCCACUGCAGGAGCCGAUGCAACAAGAUGAGGAGUCGCCACAACUGCAUGCCACAUCCCUAUAUGACACAGGGCCAGUUCAGAACGCGACCAACGCCAUAUUGGGGUCGAGGCCAGAAACUGACAUACACAGAGACAACGAUAGCAACAACAUCAACAUCAACAUCAACAACAUCAUCAACAGCAACAACAACAACUAUGGCAACACCAAGUCGACCACGAACAAUGAAAUAAUUUACAAGUUCUAUGUGCCGGACGACAUUGGUGUGGCGACCGCACGCAUCUCAUUCGGCGAAGUGUGUGUUCAGUGUCCGGACGUCAGCUUUCAGAUCCAGGCGAACGCAUUCCCGCCCAGCUGCAAUGGGGGCCAAAGUUUGAAUGGCAACGAACAUAACUACAUACACCGAACGGUCAUAAGCCCAAAUCAGACGGAGGAAAUCUCAAUAGAGUUUUAUGUGCAGCCCAGCACAUGGCACUAUGCCAUUCUCAAGUUUUUAAGCACACCCGAUGAAUUUUGGCCUGGUCCGGCACCACUUUCCGCUCCAACUCUUAAUAAGGUAACAGCCGGAGAUGCUGUUCCGAAAACGGAAUCAAUAUCUGGAAUGAAUCGAGUCGACUCAAGACAAUCCCAGUCGAGAUGGCGACAACAAAACAGAACCGAAGCUGAAAGCAACGAAGUCCACAGUGUCUCGUAUAUGCUGCAAAUAGAUUUCCAACAAUUGGAGCCACAAGUUGACACCACCAAGUCACAAUCGCCACUCACAAAUUUCAGCGAUGCUGAAAAUUCUUGGCGUCCUGUGCGAUUUCGUGGAAUGGAUUUUUACUCCCUACUCCGGCAGAGCUAUCGGGAGUUCUUCAUGUUCGACUUUGAUUUGCAGCCAGAUACAAAUGGCACUGUUCCUGCUCUACUCAAUUUGACCGCCCAAUCUGCAGCAGGAUUUGCCUUUGAACUGGGUGAUGUAUAUGAUAUAGGUGGUACUCUUAGCUUUGCCAUCUCCAUGAAGCAUGAUCUUCGGUUCAGCAACGAACUAAAGACUCCACAACCAACGACUUCAUCGCCAUCAGAGAGAGGCGGCAUUCUGGCCGAGAAGCUAGUCGCUGGACUGGAUGAGAAUACCUUGAUAAUGGGCCAGGAACAGAUGUCCCGCAACAAUCAGAGCAUGCAGAUUAUUGUCUGCAUGCAUCUAGGUGAACCCGGAGUUCCCACCUGGCCGGAUAAGUGCCGUUAUGGCCAGCGUCUGAUGCAUGCCUCCAGUAUUGUGAACAACACCGAUCUCAUGGGUCUUAUACAUGUGCCCUUUCCCGAAAGUGGGCUCUGGUACGUUACGAUGGGUCUCUAUUGCCAUGGGGCAGAAACAGCACGGGUUACCAUUAUUGACAGCGUCAAGGAAUUCGUGCGUCAACACGCUGAGUUGCUUCGGGAAAUGCGAGUUCCCUGCGCCUGUGCCGGAAACGCUGAAGGAUAUGAGAGAUGCGUCAGGUCGAGGGACUGUUUGGCGAGCAUGAACGAAACGGAGACGCUGAAGGUGAAAGAGUGCAUGAUGGAUUUUAAAUGUACGCCGGAUUAUGUGGAAAUGACACGUCUGUUCGAGAUUCAUCACAAGUCGGCGACGGAGCAACACUUUGCCCUGGAUAACUGCAAUACCUCGGUGGUCUUUUCGAUCUCAUCCAGUCCAUGUGUGGCAGGUCGUUGUGGUCGCUUUGGACGCUGUUAUCAUUACAUGUCCGGCGGAUUUGUAUUCUCCACGUGCGUUUGCAUGAAGGGAUACCGUGGCUGGGACUGCACUGAGGACUCCCAGGUGCCAUCGAGCAUAUCCAUUCUCGUGGCCUUGCUGCUGCUCACGCUGAGCAACCUGCUCUUCAUUCCGAGUAUUUACAUGGCAUUCAGACGUCGUUACUACACCGAGGGUGUCAUCUACUUCUUUGCCAUGUUCUUCUCGAUUUUCUAUCAUGCCUGCGACUCGGGUGAAGAUGAGUAUAGUUUCUGUUUGGUCAAGAUCGGUGUACUGCAGUUCUGUGAUUUCUAUUGUGGCCUCUUGGCCAUUUGGGUGACCCUUAUUGCCAUGGCCCAUCUGCCCCAGCAUUUUGUUUCCCUGCUCCACAUGUUCGGAGCCAUCCUGCUGGCCUUUGGCACAGAGCUCAACAAGCAGAGUCUCUGGGUAUUCCUAGCUCCAGCCCUAACCGGCAUCUGUCUCAUUUCCACCAGCUGGGGAUUACGCUGCGCCAAGACUCGCAAGUGGUUUCCAGCUCGACGCUACCUGAUUAUUUUCAUGCCCUUCGGAAUGGUGCUGGUAAUGGUGGGUCUGGUAUGUUAUGCCUUUCUUCAGACCAAGCAGAACUAUCACAUCGUACACUCUAUUUGGCACAUGGUUAUGGCCCUAUCCAUCAUGUGCCUGCUGCCUUCCCGCAAGUCCUUCAUGCCGAAGUGCUAGCAUACGGAUUCCUCUAAGGAACUGCUGCCCACUCAGCAGGAGCUCUAUAUGUGAACGAAUCAUACAGGACUAAACCAAGCUCAUAUUGUACAAUACCCACAUGAUAGCUAAACAAUCGUAAAAAACUAUGUAUCUAAAAGUUAGAAAGGUCAAACUAUUAAAGCUAAAUGCUAAGGUACUCUACAAAUUAAUUUCAACCCUUUAUAAUGUAAAUAAGUAUUCACAAGACAGGAAUACCCAUAAAGAUUAUACAAAUUCUUAUUAAUCUGAGAUUAUAUCCCCCUUAUUAAAACAGAUAUAUAGUUUAAUAAAUUAUCUUCUAUCGUGAAUACUUUAAAACUAUAGGAUGGAAAGAAAACGCAGAGGCUAUGCAAGAAACUAAUUUUAGUAUCAACUAAGUAGCAAGUGCGUUGUAUGUGUUCAAGUAAUUAAAUAUAUACGAGUAAUUUAAGUACAGGGUAUCUGCUGGUCGUCUAAGCUCGACUCGGGUCGAACUUGUAGAUUUUCUUAAAUGCAAAUGCGGAUUUGAGUCACAGAAAAGUUCGUCAUUAUAAUAGCAUUAGAAACUAAGAACUUGUACUAAACUAAAUUAGACAUAAGAAACUGUUGAUAUUUUAGAUAUGAAUGUAUAAAACCUAUUGAUGAAGCCUUACUAAUCUUAAUGGAUAUCACUUCUAGACAUGUAUUCUUAUUGUGAGUAUAGUACAUACAGAUAUACCGUUAAGAGUACAUACUACCGCGCAGACUGCACUAAACUGUAGAACUGUAACCUUACUCUAAACUAGUUAACAGGGCCUGCUUUCUAACUAGUAGUAUAAGCAAAUAAAUGUAAACAUAAAUACGAAUUUUAGAGCAAACAAUAAUACGUACAUAAGUAUGUAUGUACAAGUAUAUCAAUGUGUAGAAUACAUCGUACAUAUUUAUGUAUGCUUAUCCAUAAGCCUAUUAAUUAAAUUCUAUCAAUCAACAUUAGAGAGCACACUUGAAUUAUUUACCCAAAAAUGCAAUGUGCAAACACAUAUCGCAUUCAAUUCAAUUCAAUUAAAAUGUAUCUUAAAUUGUUGUUUCCUGAUAACAACAAUUUGGGGUCCUUUAAUUUCAUCGCACAAGAAUUAUCUAUUGUUUAAAAUGGUUUUUAUUAUGAAAAUUGCAUUAAAAAUGUGUCAAAAAAA